CCAUCAGCAGUCUAUAUAAACAGCAGAACUAAUGAAACACCAUUUCUUUGGAAAACUCGCCAACAGCAGAACAGAACUGAUUCAACUCUUCACAAAUAUGAAUGAGCAUCCAAGCCAGGAAGGAUGAGUUUGAAGACAAAGAAAAAACCUUUAACGUCCUUCGGGGCAACAGCACCGCCCUUCAUCGACUACCUGCAAGAUAUUCUACGUCGAUAUCCAGAUGGUGGACAAAUUUUGAAGGAGCUGAUUCAAAAUGCAGACGAUGGUAAAGCCACAGAAGUGGUUUUCAUCCAUGAUGAGAGAAGCUAUGGGACUGAGAGUCUUUGGACUGAUGAAUUGGGAGAAUACCAAGGUCCUGCUCUCUACGCCUACAACAAUGCAGCGUUCGAUAAGGAAGACUGGGAAGGAAUUCAGAAGGCAGGGAGGAGUGACAAGCGCAAUGACCCAAACAAAGUUGGGAGGUUUGGAAUCGGCUUCAACUCUGUUUACCACAUAACAGAUGUGCCAAGUAUAUUCAGCGCAGGGCACCUUGGCAUGAUGGACCCCCAAGAAAAAAUAUUCGGACAAAGAAAUGGAGGUUUUCGGUGGUCUUUGGAUGAUGCAGAUCACCAAGAAGCUCUCACGAAAAUGCACGAUCAGUUCCAUCCCUUUCGAGAUAUAGUUUCACUUGUAAGCGGACAAGAAUGGUCAAAAGUCAUCAUUGAGGAUCAACACUUUGACGGGACAAUUUUCAGAUUCCCCUUUCGCAAAGAAAAAUCAGAUAUUUCAGAUAAUCUAUAUGACUCUGACAAGGGAGUUGAGCUUUUUGAUAGCUUCAUUGCGGAUGCAGACUUAAGCCUUCUGUUCCUGAAAAAUGUGACCUCUGUGGCCUUGAUACAUAUCGACAUACAUGGCAUUGUUAACACCAGACUUGAAGUGAAAUCCUCAAUCCCCACAGAUGUUGUUCUGGAGUCAGAAGACAAGUCAAUGAUUGAGGGUUCAACAAGGUUCAAAUUGAUAACCCUCAAAUCAGAAGACCUCAAAGAAACAAAGUGGCUUGUGACAACAUGUACCAUGAAAGAAGGCAAUGUAGAAAUUCUUGAUUCACUUUCAGAAAAGUUAAAGUUUUUCCCUCAAGUUGACUUAGCAUUCCCUUGUGGUGAGAAGAGAGACUGUAGUGAGAGUAGACUGAGCUGCUUUCUCCCCCUACCAAACAAUGAAUCCAACAAGACAGGACUGCCAGUUUAUAUCAACGCGUGCUUUGGCCUCACAGACAACAGAAGACACAUCAAAUGGCAAGAGGAAGACCAGAAACAUGACGAACAUGCUGUGUGGAAUGAAUUGCUGAUGAAGGAAGUGCUACCACAGGCAUACCUCGUGAUCAUUCAAGAUGCGAUCAAACUUGCCCAACAAUCUAUUCUGCCUGUCUCUUCCGUGUACGAUCUGUGGCCAGAUAUCGCCCAGGUAAAGCACAGAGACAAAUGAAGCUGUGUUCCCCUGCAAUGGUCCAACAAGCAGUGACACAUUGGCUGCCAUUAAAAGGAC